GUUUCCGACAGGAAACAAUCAUUCUUUGAAUCAAAACCAAAAUUUCAAAUCAAAUAUCACUGAGAAGAAUCAAACGCGAAAUCAGAGGUUCGUUGGGUCAAACCCAUCCUCUUCCCUCCCCCCUUCCUCUCUUUCUUCAGAGUUUCAGAUCUAUUCGAUCUGAUUCUCUUAUUUAUCCAAUCGCCUCCUUCCGCCGCCAGAUCUGGCUUCGUCAUUCUCGUAAUCCGAUACAUACAUCGAGGAGAACUCGUAAUCCGCUCUGAUCAAGAUGAUUACUAUACCGUACUUGACCGCCUUGUCGACCUACUUCAGCUACGGCCUCCUAUUCGCCUUCGGCCAAUUCCGUGAUUUCUUCCGUAAAAUCAUCGAUUGGUGGAAAGGCAGCAAUCUCCAGGGUUAUGCGCCUAUCUGCUUAGGGCUGGAGGAUUUUUAUACUCGGCGGCUGUAUCUUCGUAUUCAGGAUUGUUUUGGAAGACCAAUAGCCAGUGCUCCUGAUGCUUGGUUUGAUGUGGUUGAACGUAUUUCAAAUGAUGGCAAUAAGACCUUGCUGCGAACCACAAAAAUAAGUAGGUGUCUUAACUUAGGAUCAUACAAUUACCUUGGUUUUGCUGCAGCAGAUGAAUAUUGUACUCCUCGUGUGAUUGAGUCUUUGAAGAGAUUUUCUCCUAGCACUUGUAGUGCUCGUGUUGAUGGAGGAACCACAACAAUACAUACUGAACUGGAGCAAUGUGUGGCAAACUUUGUUGGAAAGCCAGCAGCUAUAGUCUUUGGAAUGGGCUAUGUUACAAACUCUGCCAUCCUUCCUGUAUUGAUAGGGAAGGGAGGGCUGAUAAUCAGUGACUCUUUAAACCACAACUCUAUUGUAAAUGGUGCUCGUGGAUCAGGAGCUACCGUUCGAGUUUUCCAACAUAAUACACCCUCCCACUUGGAGGGAGUUUUGAGAGAUCAAAUUGCUGAUGGACAACCUAGGACACGUAGACCAUGGAAGAAAAUUAUUGUUGUCGUGGAGGGGAUAUACAGCAUGGAAGGAGAACUAUGCAAACUUCCAGAGAUUGUUUCCAUAUGCAAGAAAUACAAGGCAUAUGUUUACUUGGAUGAGGCUCACAGCAUUGGAGCAGUUGGGAAAACAGGAAGAGGGGUCUGUGAACUCUUAGGAGUGGAUACAGCUGAUGUGGAUAUUAUGAUGGGAACUUUCACAAAAUCAUUUGGAUCAUGUGGUGGCUAUAUUGCGGGAUCCAGGGAGCUUAUCCAAUAUUUGAAAUACACUUGUCCUGCUCAUCUGUAUGCCACAUCAAUAUCACCUCCAGCUGCACAACAAAUUAUUUCUUCCAUAAAGGUUAUUCUUGGGGAGGAUGGUUCCAGCAGAGGGGCCCAAAAACUUGCACGAAUUCGUGAAAACAGCAACUUUUUCAGGUCAGAGCUUCAGAAGAUGGGCUUUGAGGUUCUAGGGGAUAACGAUUCUCCUGUCAUGCCUAUAAUGCUCUACAACCCAGCAAAAAUCCCUGCCUUUUCACGGGAGUGUUUGAAACAAAAUGUGGCUGUUGUGACGGUUGCAUUUCCUGCUACACCUCUACUUUUGGCCAGGGCUCGAAUUUGCAUCUCUGCAUCUCAUACCAGGGAGGACCUACUUCAAGCCUUAGAGGUUAUAAGCAAAGUUGGGGACCUGGUGGGCAUCAAAUAUUUCCCUGCUGAACCCAAGAAGCAGCAGCUAGAGGAAGGCAGAGUGAAGCUGGAAUAGUAGCAAUCCCGGCAUAUCAUAUAUUUGUUUUUCAAGCCCCUGCAAAGUGCUUGAGAUUUGAUUUUGAAAUUGUCAUUGACUGGCUAGUUGUGUGCCCUGUUUGUUUGAUUUUGUGGAUCUCAUGUACAGAUGCAGCUGUAGUGUCCCUUCCAUGUGAAUGUUUAUUUAAUAUUUAUUUUCUUAUAAAGUUCUUUCUUGGUUGUGUUA